AUGGCAAAGCGGCCGCUCCCCAUAGAGUCCAAUGCGGAACCCAAGCGAAAAAAGAAUAAGAAAAAUGAGUCGACAACCCCUAAGCUAGCUGCUAACGGGCAGGGUCACAACCUGGAACCAAGCGCGGUCAAGAAUUCAACUUCGCCCUACAUUCCAAACCCGGAGCUCGAUUCGCUUCCCCAAGCUACUGUCGAUGAGUAUCUAAAGGCCAACUCCAUCGAUAUUGCCGAUCAAGGCGAAGCCGAACCAUUACGUCCGAUAACCUCGUUCUCGUUUCUCCCUCAGCCCUCAGAACCUCUGUACCGUCCCCUCAAAGCGUUCUCAGCACCUACUCCUAUUCAGGCAGUCUCUUGGCCAUUGGCCUUCGCCGGUCGAGAUGUGAUAGGAGUAGCGGAAACGGGAAGUGGGAAAACGCUUGCGUUUGGCUUGCCAUGUCUGCGGAAAAUUUUGGAGUUGAAUAGUUCUCGGAAGUCCCGUAGGCUAUCUGCUGUCAUAAUUACACCCACAAGAGAGCUUGCAAUGCAAAUUUACGAUCAACUUUUGAAGUUCACAUCUUCUGUAGACGUGGGCAUCGCAUGUAUAUAUGGAGGAGCCCCAAAAGACCAACAACGUCGAGAAGCUCGGAAUGCGUCGAUUAUCGUCGCAACGCCGGGAAGGCUUAAGGACUUCCAAAGCGAACAGGGAAUAGAUUUGAGCAAGGUUAAAUACCUAGUGUUAGAUGAGGCGGACAGGAUGUUGGAUAAGGGUUUUGAGCAGGAUAUCCGGGAUAUCAUUGGAACGAUGCCUUCAGCCCGCAAACGACAAACCAUUAUGUUCACUGCAACAUGGCCUGACUCCGUGAAAAACCUUGCGGCGACAUUCACCAGAGAUCCUGUUACUAUCACCAUCGGAGAGAGAACAUCGGAUAUUCGUGCGAAUGACCGGAUCAAACAGGUUGUGGAGGUUUUAAACCCCCAUGAAAAGGACGGCCGCUUGCUGGAAGUGAUUCGAAAAUACCAGGGGAAAGAUAACAGUAGCGACAGCAUAAAUGUUUUUUGUCUCUAUAAGAAGGAGGCUAUGCGGGUUGUCUACGGUCAUCCGUUCUAA